UCGAAAAUGAAAGUAAACUUGCUCUAUUUGAUGUUUUAGCAAACGUGUCGUAGAAAAUGGAGGAAAUCAUUUUGGAAAACAAACCUAAACUCAUCAAAUGGCUUAGUUCGGAUUCAGACAUUUUUCUGCAGUAUGUUCAAGCUAAAAAACUUAUAACAACGUCGCAGUAUACUGAACUGAUGGACAUGAGAGCUAUGGAAAGGGUUAUCAGACUUCUUGACAUUAUCCUUGGAAAGGGUGAAAAUGUGUGUCGAAAAUUUCUGGAUUUGCUGAAAGAAGAUGAUGUGAAUGAAAGUUCUCCCGAACUCAGAGAAUGGAUCAAAACAGUGUACACUGAAGAACAGAAAACAGAAAAUGACUGUAAAAGACGAGAAAGUGGUGACAGGCCAAUACAGGACCAGAAACCUGAUAGAGACUGUCAACAGAUGCCAAUACAAGAUUGUCAGAUGUUUCUAAAAAAAAACUUAAGUCUUUUGGUUCAAAAAGUGUGUAACAUUGAUCCAAUUAUUGAUGAUCUUGACCUACACCCUGAAUCAGUUGCAAAGGUGAGAGCGAAGUCAACCAGUCAAGAGAAGAUGAGGACACUGCUUGGCCAUGUGAAUUGUGAAAGCAUUGCUAAGGACCUGGUCAUCGCUCUGUUCAAGCAUGAAAAACAUCUAAUGAAUGAACUGCAGAACAACUAGUGAAAGUUGUAUUGUUUACACACCAGAUAAGCAGCAUGAUACUAUGAAGUUCCAUGAUAAAAUUAUGCAUUGUACAAAUGAACCUUUUGCAUAGUUUGUACUGCUUUAAAUGUGUUUUAAUGGACAUCUUAAAUUGUUGAAACAUUGGUAGUUUUUCAUUACAUUUUAUGAAUAUAAUAAAGAUCAAAUUAAUCAAAACCAUUAAUGUAUUUUUGUCACCAUUAA